UCUGUGCUCGCGUGCCCGGCCAAAGUAAAAACUUUUUGAUAGUGAAGUUUACUGAAUGUUUUAUUUCGCGCUCGUGGAUUAUAACAGCAACUUCCAAGGCUAUUCUACAUUGAUAUCAGACCCUUGACCUCUCAAGGCUGGAUUUUUGUGGUUACCCCUUCGGAGCCGAACCACUGUCUUCACAAUCACAGCCGUGCUGCCAUUGGACAAGGAUACUGCACUCGCUGCCCGAGCACCUAGACACGGGCUAGUCCUUUGAAAAUUCCAGAAAUAGAGAUGGAGAGUCGCUUUUACAUGUCACUUCCACCUCUGCUUCUACUGUGCCUUGCCGUCAUAACUCCAGCAUCCCAGCAGACCUGUGUGCCAGAGGCGGUCAAAGACAACCAGAAUGCUUGGAUCAGUGUGAGAGAGAUGCCUAGUGGAUGCUGGGCCAACUUCACCACUCAGGACAACAAAGAGGUGCACAUCCUCAGCCUGAACUUCAGUCUCGAGGCUAGUAGCAUGUUUGAAAUAAACAUGUCCACUGCCAGGCCAAUGCACCUGAUCAUCACCACAGACUCAAAUAUGACUCUUUUCUGUGCGCUCCAAGUCAACAAUGAUGUCAGCGUUUAUGUACCCAGUGACUCACAUAUAACAUUUUAUAGUUCUAAUGCUGUCCAUCAAAAAGACUUACCUACUUCCAACGAAGAUCUACAGAGGUGGGCCACCGAGGAAUUUGGUGGGGUGACGUCUUUCACAACCAUCCAGAACCCAAGAAAAAUAAUUUCCACUGAGAGAGAGGGAACAAGACUUCUUCCAACUGGCUCCAACACCUGCACUGCUGAAAACGAAUGGCAAUUGUUCAACCAUUAUCUGGCAGUAGAAUCAAACAUACCUAUGCUCAAAUCCUGCUCAUCCACAGUUCCGAACAGCCACACUCAAAAAGAACUGUACAUUGUUAACAUCCCUGAAGAUGUCAGCAUUCGCCAUGUGUUUGUGCAAGUCAUCACUAAGAGAAAGAUCAGUCUGCUUCUUAGAGGACCGCCUGGCACCAUGUGGCGCAUCUUUGACCUACAGGACACCAGCUUAUAUUCGAACAACGUGAUCCUGCUUGCCACCAGCAUGAAGCAUGAAUUCCCUCCCACUUUAAAUAUCACCACAGAUGAUGCGACCGCUGUACAGAAGGCGGCCUUGGACCAUUUCAAGGCUAGCACAAUCACCAGCUACUCUGAGAUCCGAACCAAGAGAACCAUGGUUAUGCUGGUCCUUGGGAAAAAUGACCAUAUUACGGUCACAGAUGCACCAACCGAGACCCCCCCAUCACCCCCCAGCCCACCUCAGAUGCCCCUGUUUAUGCAGCUGUACACCUCUCCAGACUACCGCUCCCCUCUGGACCCGAACACCAAGGUGCAGAGUGAUAAGAGGAUCUACGCAGAGAUCUCAGCCCAGAUAUUUGGGGAAAUUGUGCUGACCAUUAAGGUGAUAAACUGCUCUGUGCGCUCCAAGGGUUCAUGCCCAGUGGUAAGGGACAUGCCCUUUAGGCCAGAGGUAUGCUCCUCCACCGUCUGCCCCAACACUACCAGGAUUAGCUUCUCCCUAGAGCUGCUCCAAGACUUGGCCUCCACAAGCUGGGACCUAGAGUGCUCCGUCAAAUUCUGCUUCAACGAGAAAUGUGGAGAUGGAGGAAGAGUGAAGAGGAACAUGGAGGUUAUCCAGAAAUACAUCCCACCACCAAGGCCGUGUAUUGACUUUGGUCUGUCAGCCGUGCUGGGCAUUGCCUUUGGAGGCUUUCUGAUUGGAGUUCUGCUCAUUGGUGCGCUGUGGUUCAUCAAGAUCCGUACAGGAUACCCAACAGGACUGGAAGUAGGGUCAACUGCAGCAAACCUUUCGGGAUGUCCUUGCACUCUGACCAGCAAACGACAACCAGUCUCCACCAACCCCUCCCCCUCUGAGAACAGUAGUGCCAACGCCAGCAUUGGCAGCACUCAAAGCACGCCAACCAGUAGCAUGGCAUGAGAACCUCAACACUGUCUCUCUCCAGGUCACAUUAUGGGGCCUUAAGAAAGCAUUACCCCAGCUCUCUUUACUCACACCACAAAACACACCCUCUAUCACCCAUGACCCAACCUGAAAUGGGUGAGGUCAGGGGCCAGAGAGAGGAGGGGGGUUGUCUAGCCCAGGCUCCUGACACUCACCUUUUCAGCCUCCCAGCAACAGUUCCAGACGGGAAGUCAGCAAAGGCGGAAAAAAAGCCUCCAGCUCCAAGUAACAGGAAAAACAAAGCAUAUCCCCCAAGAACUAACAGGAAAUUCACUGCAUUCUUUUCAAUGAAUUCUGCCUGUCUGAUGGCGGCACACUAAGAGUCAGUCAGGGGAAGAAAGAGACAAAAGAUUUACUUUUAAAAGCAUACCAAAACUGUUUUGCCUUUUAUUGAUGUCUUAGGAAAUUUCACAGUCCCCUCUUACAGGCAAUUUGGAGAUGAAUGGAUAUCAGUCCUGAAUCUAUUAAGUUGACCGGAGUUUGAAUUAAAAUGUGUUUUACUGUACUGUAUAUGGGUGUUAGAUACACCAUGUUAGAUUUUAGACAGAUCAACAAAGCUAAAACAGCCAGUGUUUUCUUCCAAUACCAAGAAGUAUCUGUCUUAAUAUGAGUUAGGAAAGAUUGGGAAAAGGCUACCUCUUAAUUUAUGUUGAUGACAGAAUGUUAAGCAUGCACUUGACAAUGGGUCCUGGAUAGCUAGCCAGUCGGAUAGCGUUAUUUUGUUUCUCUGUCGUUCAUUCCAUUUCUCUUGCAUUACAUCAUAUUGAUUUACUCGAGCCAUCUGUUACAUACAAGCUGAAUUCAUUAUAAAAUUUUCUUGAAAGUAAAUGUUACUUUGGAGCUUUAGCAAAUUAGUAAGUUUUAUAGUUGUUUUUUUAUAUCAUAUUAAUCUGAAACUUCAGUGUAUUGUCGAGAGACACAUUUCCUUCCUCAGUGUAAUCCAAAGUCAACCAAAUAGCAAAAGUUGCUACCUGAAAAAUUAUAUGAGAGAACUGAAAAUAAAUACUGAGAUAAAAACAUAGAUUUACAUGAUUAAACUCAGGAAUAACUAUAUUUGACAUUAUUGUGGUUUAGGGUUAACUGUGUGCCAUGACAAAUUUUAAUCAGCUAGAAGGUUGAAUUGCAAGUGUAAAUCCAUUCUGUGUGAAUGUACAAAUGUAAAUCUUUCUUUAGUGUACCGUCUCUCUUUUUACCUCUUUGAAAAUGCUAUAGCUAUACACAGCAAAAACAUGUAAUUAUGACCUGUGAGUGUAAAGACAUUCCCUUCAAACAUUCCAUUUAUACUGUACAUGUCUCUUUUAGAAACAGCAAUACUGUAGCAGAAGUAUACAGUACAGUGUGGAUAAAAAUGUUAAUGUUUUUAUUGAAAAGAUUGUACUAGUUAUAUAGUUCUUAACCAUGCCAAUGUACAGAGAAACAAAGAGUCCAAUUAAAUUUGUUAAGUAGAUAAAAAUGAAGUACAUUUGUUUUGAUACUGUCACCAAAUGCAUUAAUCUUAAAGCCUCCACAACCCAAUAAUGUCUGAACUGCAACAAACAGAACUAAAUGGGCUCCAGCAAGAUAACAGUGGAUGUCUUAAAACUUUACCAACAGAGGAUUGCAACAGAACCCACAAGGAUAAACUUCCAGAUUACUUGAUUUCUCAAUACUCUGAAGUAAUUUGGCGUGUUGCUCUGGCUCUUGACCGAUCUUACAAUGCCAUGAAUAGGUAUUUUAAGUAUUAGUUAAUUACAUAACUUGUCAUUUAAAUUCCAACAGUAGAUUUGCUGUGAUAAACUGGCCUCUAACUUAGCAUGUCAUAGCAGAAUGUGUAAAAUUUGUUACCAAGAAAAAUUUGGAUUUGCAAAUAAUGAAAUCAUUAAUUUUUGUAAAAUUACAAUGAAAUGGCCUAGUAUUUAUUUAUUUACAUGAUAACACUUUGUUUAUAAUUUUCAGCUUUUCCCCAAAAGUAACAAUCACAUUAUUAGAAAAAGCUGAAUAACCAGUACUUGAUUUAAAUAUAAUUGUAUUAGUAUUUUAACAUUUUAAAUAUGAAACAAGAUUAAUACAUUAAGGUAGUACAAACAAGUGCAAUUUACAGGGGCAGUAGACCAAAAUGUGAAAGUGUGUAAUCCAGGAGCAAUUACCAAAAAUAUGGCUUAGUUUUCUUUAUUUCCUUACACCACAACCAGCAUUAGAUAGUUCAACAAUGACAAAGGACCUGUUGCUGGUUUGAUGGGCUGGAAAUAGCACACUGGGAAGUGGUAGGUCUGACAUAAUUGUGUUAAUGUGCCUUUGAAGUCAAUACAAUUCUUUUAACUUAAACGAUUUUACCUAGCUUGACGUGUCUGCUAAAUUUGCUAAUACAAAAGUUAGAUGGCUGGCUUAAUUUGAACAAUAGUCACACUAGCUAUUUUGUCCAUAUUGGUGAGGUUGACAAAUAAACAAUAUUUUUGUCACUUCUGGUCAACGGUUAGUGUUUUGAUGUGGCAACUUGUUUAACAAAAUUUUCUAUGAGUUUGCUUCAGUCAUUUUCCAGUAAACUAGGUGCUUCCAAUAACUCUGAUAACAGGUAAACAAGGACAGUGGAGGUAGAAGAGCUGGAGAUUGUCCUGUAAACUAAAAUGUGACAUUUGGACACUGAAGCAGCCAAACAUAAAACAUAUUGAAAUAUACCUAAAACAGACUUAAUAUAUUUAAAUUCACAUGCAAUUAUCUAAAUUUGUACUUAUAUUUUAUAUGUUAUAUGUAAACCAUUUGUGUUUUAUUGGGAUUUAAGUAUAAUAAAUAACUUCAAAUGUAUCUUAAUUGGGACAUUUCUUUGUACCUUGCUAUGUUCUGAAUAUAUUAAAUAAAGAGCAAACAAAUAUACUUCAUUUAAGAUAACAAUUUCUUCACAACUAUAAUAAAAUUAUAUUUCAUUCUAAAUGUAAUGUUAAUGUACUUGAUCAAGCAAAUCCAUUGUAUUCCUUGUAUUUUAUCAUGUCAACCUAUUGAACAUAUAUGUUAAAAUCUUUUGUGGAGAUGUGUUAAAUAUACUUAUUUGAAAGUAUACUUCCCUAUAUCUUCUUGAGAUAUAACCAAUAUAUAUUCUCAAGAAGCAUGUUCUCUUGAUGUGCAUGUUUCAUUGUGUGGAAUAAACACAUUUCUGAAAAAGUAUCGGAAUAGGUCUGCCUUAAUAAAUGCACCCAAAAUUAA